UGAUACACCUCUUUCAGUGUUCUUCUUUAUUCUGACUGAGGCUGCAAAAAGUUUGAAUUCUAACCAUUUUGAUCCAGAAAUCCAUGUUAAUGAUAUGGCAUCAUACAAGUGUCAAAAAUAUUCAAUCAAUAAUAAAGAAAAAUUCCUGGACGAUUUAGAGUCUAUAAAGGAAAUGAUUUUAAGGUGGAAGUUUAUUCCGCGUUCUCAAAAGUUAAAGAAUAAGCAAUCAGGUUCUUUAUCAUUAAAACAUAAAGACAUAGAGCUGUUUUAUCCUCUAAGCGAUUUCCCAUAUUUUAUUAAAAAAAACAUGUUAGAAAUUUUAGAGUCAAUAAAGAAAAUGACUUCAAAACAGAACAAGCUGUUAGACAAUGGAAACUUUGAUGAUUACUUGACAAAUGAUCAUUAUUUGAAGUUCAAUAUUAUUAAUUCGAAAUCAUCAACCAUUUUAAUAGAACGUAACAUAAUGGAUAAUUUAUAUUUUUUCUCUGUCAGACCACAAUUCAUUA